AACCGUUUUAAUGUAAACGUAGUGGUUACAUACUCUUUGAUAAAAACUUUCGAUCUUUUCAACUCUUUCGAUAAACUUUUAUCUUUUCAAUAAUGACUGUAAAACUCUACCAUUUUCCUAUCAGUGGACCUUCACGUGGAGCUCUACUUGCAGCAAGAGCCGUAGAAGCCCCGGUUGAAGUUGAAAUUAUAAAUUUAUUCAAAAAAGAACAGUUCAAAGAAAGUUUUUUGAAAAUAAAUCCUCAGCACUGUAUCCCCACGUUAGACGACGAUGGUUUCAUUUUAUGGGAGAGUCGAGCCAUCGCGGGCUACUUGGCCGAUAAAUAUGGGAAGGACGAUCACUUUUAUCCAAAAGAUUUGAAAAAGCGCGCAUUGGUCAACCAGAGAUUGUACUUUGAUAGUUCUUCUUUGUAUGUGAAGAUCAGGGCGAUUUGUUUCCCCAUAUUGUUUCUUGGAGAGACAGAAAUACAGAAACCAUUGAAGGAUGAUUUGAAUGUCACUUUGGGGUUCCUUGAUCAGUUCCUCAAAGACAGUAAAUGGGUUGCUGGUGAUCAUCCUACUAUUGCAGAUACAUCUAUUUAUGCAUCUGUGAGCAGUAUUUUGGCUGUUGGUUGGGAUAUAUCUGGAUUCCCAUGCAUUGAAAGAUGGGUAAAUCAAUGUUCUUCAUUCCCUGGAGUGGCAGAAAAUGAUGAAGGAGCUAAAGCAUUUGGUGAUGCGGUGAAAAAUAAUCUUCAUUAAAAAUAUUUUUUCACAAAACAUUGUAUUGUAACAUAAUAUAUUUUUUUAUACUUAUUUUAUAUACAACAAAAUUACUGAAAUAUUUAAAAUUGUUGUUUGAUAUAAUUGUUGUUUGAAUAAAGUUAUAAAUAGGCUAGCUAUUAAUAACAACUAUGAUACAAACAUAGUUUACAUUAUUUAAAAAAUGGGGUUGUCUAUUUAGAGUAGAAAAAAACCAAUUUGUUCAGCACAUUCAGAUGUAAAAGUAACUCUUUACAUCUAACAAAACAAAUGAUGUCAGACAGACACAUGAAAUGACCUAUAGGGACUGAAUUUCACAUGUGAGCCUAUAUUUUGAGAACUUAUAACAUAAUUAGAAUAUCUUGAUUAUCGAAAAAACUUAAAAACUAAUUGCUGUUCAUUUUGAACCUUCCUCUUCAAUACAAUUUCAGAUUUAUAUCCAUAACUAGACAUUAUUUGAACAACUUCAUCAGGAAUGUUUUCUUCAAUAAGCAGAAGGUAGAAGACUCCAUUAUUGGCUAGUUUUUUUGGUAUCAUGGUGAGCAAUCUGUCAGUAAUUUCACGUCCUUUUGUGCCACCAGCCCAACUAGCCGUAAUAUCACAUCCUCCACACUCCUCACUCUCAGUGACCACAUAUGGAGGAUUGAAAAUGAUAACAUCAAAUACAUUAUCAGUAAAGGAACUAGUCAAGUCCAUGUUGCAUGUAUCUAAUUUAACUUUGUUGUAAUCAGCAGUUUGUUUAGACAUAACACAAGCCUUAAAAUUAAUAUCAGUGCUCAAACAGAAUGUUUGUGGAAAGGCCAUACCAAAAGCUGUUAUAAUUACACCACUUCCGGACCCGACUUCUAAGCAAAAUGUGGGGUUUUUCUUCUUCAAAUAUUCUAGGUCCUUUUCUAAGGCAUCUAUGAGUAGGAAGCUGUCUUCUGCAGGCUCAUAUACAUGAUCAAAGUCAGCCUUGUUAAUGUGGUUCUGAUAGGGAGUCUCCAUGUUGUCAAUUUAUGCUUCCUCUGUCUGUGACCACUGCGCUGGUGCUCUGUUCUGGUUCCUGAGGUGGCUGCUCCGGCAGUACAGUUGUGCGUACACUCUUCUCCUUGCUCACCAUUCGUCUUAUUUCAUUGAGUCUAUCCUG